AUGGGGAAUGUCUGGGGAAGAAAGAAGAUCAACCCUGAAGAUGACUGGAUCGUCCACCUGAACGCCCGCCAGACGCAGGAGAGCUGCAGCAAUGAAGUGGUGACUUCGAAAUACACCCUAUGGAAUUUCGUGCCUAAGAAUUUGUGGGAGCAGUUUCAAAAAACUUCGAACGUUUAUUUUAUUGUUAUCUGCGCCCUUCAGUGUAUACCCGCGAUAUCAACCACUAACGGGACCCCUACUCUAGCUCUUCCGCUGGCAGUUGUUGUGACAGUAAAUGCAUGCAAAGAUGCAUAUGAAGAUAUUCAGCGUCAUCAGUCUGAUCGACUUGAAAACCACCAAAUGACGCAUACGCUUCCGCGUAACGCAGCAGAAGCGGCAGAGGUAUCAUUAAAGAAGCGGCAGCAGCAGCAAAAAGCAGCAGCAGCAGCAGCAGCAGCAGCAAGUGGUUCUUCAAUACGUGAGUCGAAUAUAUCUGAGGAGGACAACGAUAGAGAUGCUUUGCUGCAGCAGCAGCAGCAGCAGCAGCAGCGACAUAAUCGGCAUCAUCAUAACCAGCAGGAUCAGCAGCAGCAGCAGCAGCAGCAGCAGCAGGAAGAGGAUGAGGAUGAAAGCGAGGGUUUUGCUUCCUGCGGUUUGAUAAAAAGACGAUGGCGAGAUCUACGCUUAGGAGAUUUGGUCGUUUGUAAGAAGAACGAAGCAUUUGCUGCAGACUUGCUGCUGCUGGGUUCUUCAGACCCUAAGGGUUUAGCGUUUAUAGAGACAAGUAGUUUAGACGGCGAGACGAAUUUAAAGUUAAAACAAACAGCAAGCGGGAUGAGCAAUCUACUCCCUCUGCACCUUCCUGCUGCUGUUGCUGCAGCAAAGAUGCUGCAGGGACGCUUAGUUACGCAGCAGCCGAGCCGAGACAUCGGGUUUGUAAGCUUCUUUACUUGGAUGGUCUUAACGUGCAAUAUGGUCCCUAUAUCGCUCGUUGUACAGAUGGGGGAGCUGCAGCAAGGGGCGUGGCCUCGAACGAGCGAUUUAAAUGAAGAGUUAGGUCAAGUUGGAUAUCUUUUUUCGGAUAAGACCGGGACAUUAACAAAAAACUUCAUGGAAUUCAGAAAGUGCUGCAUCAAAGGGUUUUGCUAUGGAAGGGGUUUAACUGACAUCAGAAGGCAGGUCCUUCAUCGCCUCGGGAAGCCCUUACCCCCUGAGCCUCCGCCCAUCCCGGGAGAACCUCAAACACCACAUGUACAAAUAUCAGAUGCACGAUUAAGAGAGCAUCUGCUUGAUGCGACAAACCCUCUGCAUGCGCAUGCUGUUCGUUUCUUCUUUCAUUUAGCUGUAAACCACUCAGUUAUCUGCGAAACUGCUGAAGAUGGAGGGGCCACGUACGGAGCAAGUAGCCCUGAUGAAGGUGCAUUAGUUUAUGCUGCGCAUCACUUCGGGAUAUCUUUUCUUGGGCGUCAUUCUGAGGGUUUGUUUGUGUCUGUCCUCGGAAGAAAGACAUCCGUAAGAGUACUUUGUUCAAUUGAAUUUACUUCAAGACGUAAGAGAUCCAGCAUACUAGUGCAUGUAGGGUUUGAAGAUGAAGAAGAAGAAGCAAAUGCAACAGCAACAGCAGCAGCAAAUUCAGCACCUGCUGCUGCUCCUGGUGCUACAAACAACAACAACAACAACAGCAGCAACAACAACAGCAGCAGCAGCAGAUCUUUAGGAGGGUUAAAAGGAAAGAUAUUAUUAUUAACUAAAGGUGCUGAUACUGUUAUAUUACCUCUCUUAAAGCACGUAGGCCCCGUAGAAGAAGAGAUGAUAGCAGCAAUGAGCGACUACGCUAGAGACGGUCUACGAACUCUCUGCAUUGCUCAAAGAGAAAUACAGAAAGAAGCCUUCAUACAGUGGUUUAAACUUUAUGAAGAAGCUGAAAAUACUACUGUUGAUAGACAAAAAAAAUUAGAAGAAGUCGCGGAGUUACUAGAAAAAGAUUUGGAGUUGCAGGGUAUAACGGGCCUCGAAGACAAACUGCAAGAAGACGUCGGCAUGACGAUUGAAAAGCUCAGACAAGCAGGCAUUAAAGUGUGGAUGCUGACGGGGGAUAAAGUGGAAACUGCGGUGAAUAUCGCAGUAGCGACGUCUUUAUUAUCUGAAGGCAUGCAAAGAAUUUGUUAUAUUUGGGAGGAGCUGCAGCAAAAUAGAGAGAAGCUUGUAAAUAAAUUGCAUCAAGACCUGAGGAUGAUAGCGCGACAGCGGCGGCAGCAGCAGCAGCAGCAGCAGCAGCAAGGUGGCAGCAACAGCAGCAGCAGCAACAGCAGAAAUAAACAGCAAACUAUUCAAACAAAUUAUGCUGAAACAUAUCAAAGAGCUCUUAUCGUUGACGGCGAUGCACUUGCUGUUCUUCUUGAACCCGACAUCUCCUUGCAGUUUGCUGCUAUCUGUACUGAAUGCAAAACCGGGGCGGUGGUUUCUCUUUUAAAGAAACUAACAGGAGAGGUAACCCUAGCAAUAGGAGACGGGGCAAACGACUGUAAUAUGAUACAAGCAGCAGAUGUUGGCGUUGGAUUGAGAGGAGAAGAAGGAAUGCAAGCCUUCAACACCUCUGACUACGGCCUUAGUCAAUUUCGCUAUCUACAGCCUUUACUGUUAGCACACGGACGAUGGAAUUACCGCAGAAUAUCGCGUCUUGUGCUUUAUAUGUUUUAUAAGAACUUAGUUUUAGUGCUGCCGAUGUUUUUCUACGGGGCCUUCUCUCUCUUCUCGUCUCAAAAGUUUUACUUUGAACUUCUUUAUCAAAUGUAUAAUGUUGUCUUCACUGCCAUACCGAUAACUUUAUACGGCAUCUUUGACCAAGACGUAGACAAACGUCUUUCUCUGGUGUAUCCUCAGCUUUAUCGCUGCGGUCCUCAAGAAUAUUAUUUAAAUUUUAAUGUUUUUCUUCGAUGGGUAGCGACAGGCUUGUGGCAUGCAGCUGUUGUCUUUGCUGUACCUCUUGUUGCUUUCGGGUUUUACUCUGUUCCUACGUUAGAAGGACAACCUUUUGACUUAUGGAUGACAGGGAUGUUGGUGUUUGCAUUAAAUAUGAUUGUUGUUAAUAUAAAAGUUCUCUUAGAGACUUCUUAUCUUAACUGCAUCGAGUAUUUAAAGUUAUAUGGAUUAGAGGCUCACUCUAAUGCUGCUGCUGCACAGCAGCAGCAGCAGCAGCAGCGGGGAGACAUAUUCGAAGCAGCAGCAGCAGCAGCAGCAGCAGCAGCAGAUGCAGCAAAGAAUAGACCCAGAGAAGUCUCUGUCUCCUUCAUGCCAGAGCCUUCUUCUAUUACUUCAAGCGUAGCAGCAGCAGGAGCAGCAGCAGAUGAAGAAGCAGGUGCAGCAGCAGAUGACGAUGCGCUUGCAAGCUGCGACUGGGAUAAAGGUGCCUUCUCUCCUCGGUAUUACAGCGGCUAUGCAUACAGCGAAGCAGACCCAGCGUUUAUUCAGAUGCUACAUUCAGAUGAUAGAGAGAAGAAUAAUAAAAAUCAAUUUAAUAAUAAUUCAUUAGACCCGAAGAGAGCUGCGAAAGGAGCACACAGACGAAGACAUAUUGCUAGCAGCAGCAGCAGCAAUAGGAGUAUCAGCAGCAACAGCAGCUACAGAGGCAGACACAAAAAUAGCAGCAGCAAACCUAUCAACACUUCAAGCAAUAUUUUAUUUCCUUAUCCAAAGCACCAGCUCUUCAGCGUCUCUUCUGAAGCAAACAGCGAAAUCAGUGGAUCCUAUUAA